GAUGCUGCGGCCGCUCUGCGGGCUGGGGCGGCUACCCGCCGGACCUGGUGCUGGCCCCUCCGUCCGGCUCGCUCGGGGCGCCGAGAUGCCGAAGAAAGCUGGUGCGACCAAUAAGGCCAGUGGCAGUGCCGUGGCGGGUAAAAGCGAGAGCAAGAAACCAGAGACAUCACUUCCUCCCUUAGGUCCUGUGGCAGCUGAUCCUAAAGGUUGUGUCACCAUAGCCAUCCAUGCCAAGCCUGGUUCCAGACAAAACGCUGUAACAGAUGUGACGGCUGAGGCUGUGAGUGUGGCCAUUGCUGCGCCUCCGUCGGAAGGAGAGGCGAACGCGGAGCUCUGUCGCUACCUCUCCAAGGUCCUGGACCUCAGGAAGAGUGAUGUGGUUUUGGAUAAGGCCCAGCCUCAGGCAGCCCAUGAAUGAGGUCUGAAGGAUACUCAUCCAGCUCUGGUGACUGGUGUCAUGGUGAUACUCUAGCACUGCAUCUGCCGUCUGUCACCCCCACCUGAAUAAAUGAGAAAUUACUCCUGCAAAAAUGAUUUAUGAGUAAUUUAUUAAUAACUUGGGUGCCUACUAUUGCCAGGCGCUGCUAGGUGCUUUGCCUACACUACACACUGACAGAACUGAGAAGCAAAAACCUGCUCACCCUUGCACAGAGGCCGGGACAGAGAACUAGGACUCCUGCCUCCUGGGGCCAUUCCCCACUCCUUUGCCAGCUGGGGGAGGGCGAGAGGACCCGAGGAUGAGGCUGGCACCUUUGCAGUGUUUCAAGUUCCAAACAGCUAAAAACUCAGCACCUUCAGGAGGCAGGUCCUUUCUGGACUGGGCGACCAGCACUUUGGCUCUUAGCAGAGUUCAGGAUGUGGUCAUGUGGUUCCUCGAUGGUCAUUUAGAAUAUAAAGUUUCGAACCCACGAUGGCUCCCACU